AUGGACAGUGAUGCGGUACUGGAUUUGAGGGUCUUGGACAGUAGCAGAGUUUUAUACUGUUCCGUUGGAAAGCUCCAUAAGGGUGGAACGGAAACUGCAGUUUUUCAAAUGGCAAAGUCACUGUUUGUUCCAUCUGAAGUCUGCAAACAACUUACCGCUUUUGGCUACGAUAAAAAAUUGUCAGAAGGAUCUCUUGUUGAAAUAUUAAAGCACGGCAUUCAUGACAAUCGCCUCACUUCCAUUGUGAUUUGGUUAUGCAAUGAGAUCAGUAUUUUGUACGGUUUGGAUGAGCAGAUUCAAAUCCCUGGUAAUAGACCAGAAGAUUUCGAAUGUUACCUUUUGGAGCUUAGUUCGUUGCUUAUGGAAUUAGAAUGUCCAUCUGAAGAACUAACUACUGGUCCUUUGACCGAACGGUUUGCUACUGAAGAAAAGCUGCAAAAGCUUUUACUUUUCUUAGUUGGACAUUUACGUUGCGCCAGGCUCACAGCAUUGGACCAGAUUAAAAGAGAGGGUGCAAAAACGAAGAAAAGAGAAGAAGUCUUAUGUGUUGAGAAAGCCUUGAAAUGUCUUGGUUCGACUCAGCCGCCGGCUGACUUGACUGGGGAACAGUUAUUUAAACAGUUUGAGAAGUUGGUAGUGACUCAGGUAGAAAAAUGUAAAACUAAACCAAAGCCGCUUUUCUUUGCAUCACUAACUGAAACUCAGUGGAAGAAGGUGGAAAAGAUAAAUGAAAGAUUAGUGAGUGAAUAUCACCUCCGUAUGCAGUUACUGCUCAAACGCCUUGACGUUAUGAUACAGUCUUUCGUAUGGUCAGAUAGAAUCAAGAAGAUGGAAGACAAGGUUUUUGACAUCUAUCGGAUGAAAAGAGAUAAUAUAGUCAUUUCGGCUAAUGUACAUAUGGAUGAUCUUCUUGCUGCGACUACCGAUCUUUUAAUCGUUGAGAAAAUUAUGAGCUCAAGGCAAAGAGAACGUACUGCCACUCGCCUUAAUAAAGUUUUGAUGGCGGAACGCCCUGGUGAUCGAGGAGGACGCCCUUCCGAACUUCGAGCUCCACCGCCAGAAAUGCCGUCAUGGAAGAAAGACCGGACUCCAAAUGUACCUAGAGGCGGAGGGCGAGACAGUGGCUACAAUCGUCGCGGCGGCGACUUUCGCCAGGAAGGCGGAUACGCUCGCGAUGCUGGCUUUGAGGUUCAGGUCAUGCAAGAAUACGAAGCAGCUAAUCGUCGCCAGCAAAGAGGUGGAUAUCAAGGUGGUUAUAGACAACAAGACUAUGGUUACCAAAGUUUUCAAGGUUCGUACAGCGGGCAGGGUUAUGGUGAUAACGACAUGUAUAGCUACAGAGGUCGGGGACAUCGCGGAGGUCGCGGAGGUGGCCGUAAUUAUGGCAGAUAUUAA